CCACCACUCGCUCCCCAGGGCACCAUGGACCAAGGCAACAUGACUCUCCCACCAACCACAGGGGCGAAUUCCAGCCAGACCCCAGCAGCUGUGAGCGCCACUCACCUGGCUGCGGCCGUGUUGCUCUUCACCACCUUCCUGGUGGGUGUGGUGGGGAACGGGCUGUACCUGUGGGUGCUGGGGCUGAAGAUGAGGAGGACGGUGACCACGCUCUGGUUCCUCCACCUGGUCUCCUGCUACCUUCUCUUCACCCUGCUGAUCCCCUUCUUCGCCGUCUAUGUCCUCCUGGGUUUCCAUUGGGUCUUUGGCAUGGCCUUGUGCAAGUUCCUCAACACCUGCAUCUCUCUGGGCAUGUUCUCCUGUGUCUUUCUUCUCUCCCUCAUCAGCCUGGACCGCUACAACCUCACUCACCACCCCAUCUGGUGCCGGCAUCACCGCAAUGUGCCCCGAGCUCGGAAGCUGGUUGUGGGCGUGUGGCUGGUCUCCUUCGGUCUCAGCGCUCCCUACCUGGCUUUCCGGGAGACCCAGGUGUUGGACGGGGGCAGGAUCAUCUGCGUUAACAAUUACGCCCUCUCCAGAGACUGGAAUGGAGCCGAGCCACAGGAGCUGGGGAGACGGGUCCACCUGGCCAUCUUCAUGAUCCGGUUCUUGCUAGGCUUUCUGCUCCCCCUUUGCACCAUUGCAGGCUGCUAUGGCAGGGUGGGGCUGAAGAUGAAGGAGAAGAAGCUGGCGUGGGCUGGGAAGCCCUUCAAAGUCAUGGUGGCCGCGGUGGUUUCCUUCUUUCUCGGGUGGCUGCCCUACCACCUCUUCCACGGUUUGAAUCUCUACAAGAAGGAGGUGCCAGAGUCAGUGACGAGUGCUCUCAUGGUCAUUUACACCUUGUCAUCCUGCUUCAAUGCCUGCUUCACCCCCAUCCUUUACCUCUUCGUGGGGGAGAAGUUCUGGCAGGUCUUCAGGACGUCUCUUCUCACUCUGGUCAAAGCAGCUUUUCUUGAUGAUCUCGGCAGCAGUGCCCCUGAGAAUAGUGGAAGACAAGGAUCUGAAGCUGAGAACACAAAACAGGUGAUGGUCUGA